CCCUGGCAUUCCGACUGCUUAAAGAGUCAACACCCGAGUUACUGAAGAGAAAGCAGGAUUUCAGGUGCUCUGAGAGUGCCUGUCUCAAGAGUGUUGUCUCUCCUAGAAAUGAUUGCACAGGUCUCUCUUGAACAACUAAACCGGUUAGAAAUAAACCGACUCCUUUGAAGUGACUGAUUUUGGGAGAUUUUUUAGGAUGAUUUUGCGAGGCUCCCUUCAGCGUCCCCUAACUUUGGAAAUACUUGCUGUCGUUUUCCUCUUAUUCACCUCCAUCCCGUGUGCACCCUUGGAGCAGGAAGGCGAGCGGUCAGCAGCAAGUAAAGAUCCGCAACUACAAUCAACCGUGGCAUUUUUAAGAAAAUACGGCUACCUUGAACCUGGCCCUCCCGAGGAAUUGACUUCAGCUCAGGUCAAAGAAGCAGUGAGGGAAUUCCAAUGGAUUUCUCAUCUCCCUGUCAGUGGCGCCCUGGAUGAACCCACAGUCCGGCAGAUGGCUGAGCCGCGCUGCGGAGUGAAGGAUGUAGGGAGCCAUAAUACCUGGGAAGAACGUGUGGAAAGUCUUUUCUUGGGACGAGCCAGCAAACCAAGGCGGGUGAAGCGUUACUUGCAACAAGGAGAAAAAUGGUACAAGCACCACUUGACGUACAAGAUCAUAAACUGGCCCAGGUACCUGGAACAAAACCGGAUGAAGAUGGCAGUGAAAACAGCUUUCGAGCUGUGGAGCAACGUAUCACCCCUGACCUUCUGGGAGGUGAUGGACGGCCCUGCGGAUAUCCGCUUGGCGUUCUACCAUGGCGAGCACAAUGAUGGAAUUGGCAAUGCUUUCGAUGGACCAGGAGGAGCCUUGGCCCACGCCUUCUUCCCCCGAAGAGGAGAAGCCCAUUUUGACAAUGCUGAGAGGUGGUCUCUAAACCGUGGCAAAGGGAGGAAUCUGUUCAUCGUCACCGCACAUGAGAUUGGCCACACCCUGGGCCUCGAGCACUCUCCUGUUAAAAAUGCCUUGAUGUCUCCAUUUUACAAAAAGCUAGGCCGAGACUUCAUCCUAAGCUGGGAUGACAAGAUGGCCAUUCAGAAACUGUAUGGGAAACCGCUCCAUGUGCCCAUGCUGCAGCUGCCAGCAGAAUUGUUGAUGUCCUUUCAGAACCCAGCGGAACACGCUAACCGUGGAAUCCCAUCAGACAGCCGUCUGCCGCCUUCAUACUGCCAGACUCAUUUCGACACCCUCACCAAGGAUUUAAAACAAAAUAUUUACAUAUUCCGGGGAGCUGAUUACUGGAAACUCUCAAAAGAUGGGACUAGAAAAGGACCUCUGUCACUGCAGAAGAGCUGGCCAGACCUGCCCCCAGCUAUUGAGGCAGCAGCGGUGUCGGACAAAGGAGGGAAAUUCUACUUUUUCAGAGGGGGCCGUUGCUGGAGAUACACAGAAAACCGGCUGGACAAGGGCUUCCCGAUGAAAGUUAAGGACAUGGGCCUGCCUCGCCACCCAGAUGCAGCCUUCUACUUCCGCCCACUGAGUCAUGUGGUGAUUUUCAAAGGGUCAAAAUACUAUGUUUUAAAUGAAGAUCUGAUGCAGGUGGAGCAGUACUACCCUAGAACGCUCAGCGAUUGGAAUGAUGUCCCGAUUGGUAUCAAUGGAGUCUUCACCUGGAAUGAGAAAUGGACCUAUUUCUUCAAAGAUGAGAAUUUUUGGAAAUUUGACAAUAGCAAACUGAAGGUGCUGCACCAGGGCAAAUGGGCAGAGGAACUGGAAUGGACUGGCUGUUGUUGCAGGAACAGUACAGAUAAUGGACAUCUGCAGACGUGACCUGAGCAGCACAAGCUCAUCAGAACUUGGAAAUUAAAGUGCAAUUCUCAUCUGAAUUCCUUCCUGUUCUCACUCAGAGAAAUGAAGUUUCCCGCCCAGUCUUCUUAUGAAAAUUGGUGUCUGAAGCUCACAGCUCUCGAUGCAGAGAGAGAACAAAAACGGGAAGAGGGUAUAGAGAAACACCAAACACAAGGAUAAGGUUUAUAGUAUCUGAAACAGAGAUAGUGGAUUAUGUGCCUCAGUCAUAUAGACAGGGUAUAAAGUAACCCAAAACUCAAUGGUAAGAUAUCUGAUUUCCCUAACUCGGGAAUAGUGUACAGUAUUCAAAAGCAGGCAUUAAAUGGACAGUACCCCUUACACAAUGAUAGGGUAUAACAUACCCCAUACGCAACAAGUGAAGAGUGCAUAACUCCACCACACUUGUUAACUCAAUGACGUUACAAUUGCACAGCACUUCCCUGUGGCUUUUCCCUGCCUGGUUGAUGCUCUGUAGUUACAAGGCCGAAGAAAGAAAUCUUCUUAGUGAGAUCUUCAAUCUCACUGAGGAGGCUUCAGCCCAAUCCACAUCUAACAACCUGCUCUGAAAACUCUGCUCAUAUUUUGACAGUUGUGAAAAAUUCCAACACUACGGCUGAGACAAUCCACAAUAUUCCAAAACAAUCUACAACAUUCUAAAUCAAACAACCCAAAGCA